AUGGUUGAUCUCUUGAUCUCUCUUUUGGUCCUCGUUUUUCUCGGUCUUGUUCUGGUUGGAGCGCUUCUCUUCUUGCGUCGCAAGCGCCAGAGCCGUAAACAGUCCGAGCUCCCUAUACACAACGGGCAGUGCCAGCCCAAUCAUCGCCGUUACACGAUUUCGGCCUCCGCGCCAAAUGGAAAGACAGAGUCGGUUCUGGUCAUGGAUGAGAAGCGCAGCCUUAUGGAAAACUCCUCGAGCCCCCCGCCUAGCCCCGUUCCCGAGAUCCGCAUCACAUUCCCUGAAGAGGAAGACGAGGCUGGAAAGCGCAAGUCCGGCCGAGUGGUGGUAGUCCGAAUCAGCGACGCUGGCGGGGUGGGCUUGGAACCCUGCCAAGAUGAGCUUCCUCCGUAUCAGUCCAGCGAUGCGGACCGUUUCCAUUCUUUGGAUAUCGAGCGCAUGGGUGGACUCAAGGAGAAGGAAGAUUUGAAAAGCUGGUCUUAG